AGUUGAGGAACAUCAGUCCGAGAACUGCACCGAAGUGAACAACUCACGGAAUCAUGCUGCUGAAGAACAAUUAGAGCAAAAUUAUAGAGGAUAAAUUACACAUGGAUUACCUAAGCAUUUCUUAUUUUGACUGAAGUUGCAUUUCAAUAGAGAACCAUAUGGUUCGGUUUCAGGACAGUAAGGCGUCUUACCACUCUCCAGGUGAACUCACGAGGUCCGUUUUCUUGGAUUUAUUUAACUUCAAUUUGGAGCAAUGGGAUAUAAAACGGAACUUGGAUGCUGUUUCUUUGUGAUAUUCACAUAUUCUCUCAUAUCCAGGUGUCGAACGAAUAUGGAAAAUAAUAUCACAGUUGCGGUGAUGCUUCCCGAUAAUUACCACAAGUAUCCCUGGGCUUUGCCUCGGGUUUUCCCAGCAAUUCUUAUGGCGAAAGAGAAUCUCCAGAAGAAGCACGGACUUCUCCAAGGCCACUCUAUUCAACUCUUGAAUUUCAGCACAGAGGAUUCAACCGGUGUCUGCGCAGAAAAUAAGGCACAGAUUAUCGCCGUGGAUACCAAACUUUAUAAUAAACCAGAUGCUUUCUUUGGACCUGGGUGUGUGUAUUCAGUCGCCUCAGUUGGAAGAUUUGCAUCCCAUUGGAAACUCCCAUUGAUAACUGCAGGAGGAACAGCAUAUGGGUUUGAUAAAGGGGAAGAGUACAAAACGAUUGUGCGCACCGGACCCUCGACCACAAAACUGGGAGACUUCGCUAACAUUAUUCACGCGCACUUUAAUUGGACCUCUCGUGCCAUUCUGAUUUUCCAAGAUUUGAAAAAAGAUGACCGACCUCACUACUUCCUCUCUGAAGGAAUUUACCUAAAUUUGAAGGAUGAAAAUGUCACAGUUGAUGCCUUUCCAUAUGAAGACUCACCAAGCUAUUAUAAAGAAAUCAUUACUUUCAUGAAAGACCACGGAAGAAUUGUGUAUAUCUGUGGGCCUCCGGACACGUUUCUGAGUAUCAUGAAGCUUUUCCAGAGUGAGAUCCCAGACCCUGAGAACUACGCCAUCUUCUAUCUGGACGUGUUUGCUGAAAGCCUAACGGAGCACAAGCCCUGGCUGAACAACGACAGCCUCUGGAUUGAUCCCAUCAAGGUCUUCAAGUCUGUGUUGGUAAUAACAUACAGGGAGCCUGAUAAUCCAGAGUACAAAGAGUUUCAAGAUGAGCUCCACAUUAGAGCUCAGAAGGACUUUGAUGUGAACAUAGAACCCUCUCUGAUGGAUUUCAUUGCUGGCUGCUUCUAUGAUGGCUUUGUGAUGUAUGCUAAGGCCUUGGAGGAGACACUGGCGGAGGGGGGCUCCCAGAACGAUGGAAUCAACAUCACACAGAGGAUGCAAAACCUGCGAUUUUGGGGGGUUACAGGACUUGUGACCACAGACAAAAACAAUGCCAGGAACACUGAUUUCAACCUCUGGGCAAUGACAAACCAGGAAUCUGGAGAGUAUGGGCUUGUGGCCCAUUACAAUGGAACUAACAAAGAGAUCAUCUGGUCCUCAACGGAGAGGAUUCAUUGGCCCAAAGGGAGCCCACCUCUGGAUAACCCACCGUGCGUCUUUUCUUCUGAUGAUCCAAUCUGCGUUGAUGCUCACCUUCCAGUGCUGGGGAUUGUAGCUGUUGGGUCUGGCUUAGCCCUCAUCAUUUUUGGAAUCUCCAGCUUCCUCAUUUACAGGAAACUGAAGCUGGAGAAGGAGUUGGCUGGAAUGCUGUGGAGGAUAAAGUGGGAGGACCUGCAGUUUGAGAGCCCCAACAAAUACCCCAAAAAAGCAGGCAGCCGUCUGACCCUCUCACAGGAUACUUGUUACUCCUUCCAGAGAGGUUCCAGCUAUGGCUCCUUGAUAACUGCCCAUGGAAAAUAUCAGCUGUUUGCUAAAACAGGCUAUUUUAAGGGCAACCUGGUGGCCAUCAAAUAUGUGAACAAGAAGAGGAUAGAGCUGACCAGACAAGUGCUGUUUGAGCUCAAACAUAUGAGAGAUGUGCAAUUCAAUCAUUUAACCAGAUUCAUUGGUGCCUGCAUUGACCCUCCCAACAUCUGCAUCGUGACUGAAUAUUGUCCCAGAGGUAGUCUUCAGGACAUUUUGGAGAAUGAGAGCAUCAAUCUGGACUGGAUGUUCCGCUAUUCACUCAUCAACGACAUAGUCAAGGGAAUGAACUAUCUGCACAACAGCUACAUCGGCUCCCAUGGAAAUCUGAAGUCAUCUAAUUGUGUGGUGGACAGUCGAUUUGUGUUGAAAAUUACGGAUUACGGCCUGGCCAGUUUCCGUUCAUCAUGUGAAAAUGACGACUCGCACGCACUCUAUGCAAAGAAGCUGUGGACAGCUCCAGAGUUGUUGAUCUACGACAGACAUCCUCCACAGGGCACCCAGAAAGGAGACGUGUACAGCUUUGGCAUCAUACUCCAGGAGAUAGCCCUGAGGAAUGGACCCUUCUAUGUGGACGGCAUGGAUCUGAGCCCUAAAGAGAUAGUGCAGAAGGUGCGUAAUGGCCAGAGGCCUUACUUCCGGCCCACCACAGACAACAGCUGCCACUGUGAGGAGCUGACCAUCCUGAUGGACAGCUGCUGGGCCGAGGACCCUGUCGAGCGGCCCGACUUUAGCCACAUCAAGAUCUACAUCACCAAACUCAACAAGGAGGGAAGUACCAGUAUUCUGAACAACCUGCUGUCCAGAAUGGAGCAGUAUGCCAACAACCUGGAGAACUUGGUAGAGGAACGAACGCAAGCCUACCUGGAGGAGAAAAGAAAAGCCGAAAAUCUACUUUACCAGAUCUUGCCACACUCAGUAGCAGAGCAGCUAAAGCGAGGGGAGACGGUCCAAGCGGAGGCGUUUGACAGUGUGACAAUCUACUUCAGUGACAUUGUCGGCUUCACGUCAAUGUCAGCUGAGAGUACACCACUGCAGGUUGUGACGGUGCUGAAUGAUCUUUACACUUGCUUUGAUGCCAUCAUCGAUAAUUUUGAUGUGUACAAGGUGGAGACCAUUGGUGAUGCGUACAUGGUGGUGUCAGGGCUUCCAGUAAGGAAUGGAAAACUCCACGCAAGAGAAAUCGCUGGGAUGUCCUUAGCCUUACUAGAACAGGUGAAAACAUUCAAGAUUCGACACAGACCACAAGACCAGCUACGGCUAAGGAUAGGCAUCCACACAGGACCUGUCUGUGCUGGGGUGGUGGGUCUGAAAAUGCCCAGAUAUUGUUUAUUUGGAGAUACUGUCAACACAGCUUCUCGGAUGGAAUCGAAUGGAGAGGCCUUGAGGAUCCACCUCUCAUCAGCCACCAAAGAAGUGCUGGAUGAGUUUGGCUAUUUUGAUCUCCAGUUAAGAGGGGAUGUAGAAAUGAAGGGCAAAGGCAAAAUGAGAACCUAUUGGCUUCUGGGGGAGAAGACUGAUGUGUACGUUAUCUGAGUGGCGCUGCUGAUAGCGUGUACCCACAUUGGAGCCAACCACAGAGGAGGCUACACAGUGGCACAGCCAGCCACUGCUUUAUUUGUUUUAGAAUAAGUCCUAAAGGUGAUUCCCUCCCAAAGUACGAAAAGAAGGGAUGUUUAAUGGUAUGUUUAAUACCUGUGUACGGUAACUGCAAAAAGUUGUAAAGAUGUUUUGUAUGGAGAAUCUUUCUGUCCUGAGAGUGAGUACUUCUCGAUGAUGAUCAAUUCUUAUUUUUUGUGCUUUCUAUAUCAAAAUUUGUAUAAUGUGUUUGGAAGUCAAUGAUGUAUUAAUAUGUCCAUACGGCGUUCAUAAUGGAUGGGGGCACAGUGUAAUGAUCAAUGUCAAUGCAGAGGUUAGUUCCACAGUGGUGUCAUACAGUACAAGAUGAUAUAUGUAUAUAUGUAUAUCCAAGAUAUUGUAAGAUAUUUUGUUCAAUAAACUGAGUAAAAUACAACAAA